CCCAUUCAUUCAUGGGCCGUAGCUACGGACGCGAAUUGCAUCCUCGACGUCAUUUCCGCCCCGCAGACCCCCGGAUGUAUCUGCCAUUGGGGCAAGUGGCAGGGCCACCAAGGCUGGUCAGAUUUUAAUUUAACGGUGAGGGGGUCGGAGUGGAUUGAAGCCUCGCUGGAUUAAUGUGGACAGAACAGCGCGGAGUGGAGGCAGGGCUACGACAAGCAAACUGUCCGCGUCGAGCAGAGACCCCGGCUAGCAGCUGCUGCUAACUGUGUUUAACUGUUAGCAAAGUAACGCGGAUCAGAGAUACGGCUUCUCCAGCUAUUAGCCUCUCUACGCAGCGGAGUUUGUGCAUUUUGCACACUGUACGUUUUGUCAGGGCUUAACACCUGGUGGAUGAAUGAUGUCUGCUGCUAGUAUUGACCCUCAGACAUCGAAAGGACAAGAUGCAAGCAAAGCUUUUCCAGUUUCUGUGCAGAAUGGCUCCCUCCACCAGAAGGACACAGUCCACGACAGUGACUUUGAGCCCUAUCUCCCCAGCCAGUCCGGUCAGAAUAACAGCUAUCAGUCCAUGACAGACCCUUACCUGUCCAGCUACUAUGCCCCCUCCAUUGGAUUUCCUUACCCUCUCAGUGAGGCUCCAUGGUCUACAGGAGGUGACCCACCAAUUCCCUAUCUAACACCCUAUACCCCCCUCAGCAAUGGAGACCAUCACUUCAUGCACGACACAGUGUUUGGGCAGCCAGGUGGGCUCAGCAGCAGCAUCUAUCCUCACAGGUUUAACUUCUUCCCAGAGAACCCGGCCUUCUCUGCUUGGGGCACCAGUGGUUCUCAGGGCCAGCAGACUCAGAGCUCAGCCUAUGGGGGAAGUUACAGCUACCCACCCAGCUCUUUAGGAGGCACCUUAGUCCCUGAUGGCCAGACAGGUUUCCACAGUGACACCUUAAGCAAGGCUCCAGGUAUGAACAGCCUAGAGCAGGGCAUGCUGGGUCUAAAAUUAGGCGGGGAUGUGACAGGAAGUGGCUCAAGUGUGAAGAGUGCAGGCUCUGUGAUUGGUGGAGGUGGCAGUCUAGCUGCAGCUGUUGCCACAGGCAACGGCAGCACACCGAUUGGAAUGCCCCCUCCGAAACCUACAUCGUGGGCUGCUAUUGCUAGUAAACCUGCCAAGCAGCAGCAGCAAAAGACCAAGAACAAGUCUAGCAUACCCAUAAGUGGAGCUCUGCCUCCAGCUGCCAUUAAACACAACAUGGACAUUGACACAUGGGAUAAUAAAGGGACUGCCCCCAAGAUGGCCCCUCCUUUGCCCCCCCUCCACCACCACCACCACCACCAACACCAACAGCACCAGCCUCAGCUGCACUCCCAUGCUCCCAGUCUCCUUCCUCCCCUUCAGCAGUCCCUUCAGUCUGCCCAGUCCCUCGUGCAGCAGAUGACCAUGCAGGGUCCUCCACCUCCUCCUCAGUCUUACCAGAACCACAACUCCACUCCAAUGCCGCAGACCCGAUGGAUAGCUCCACGCAAUCGAAGCUUAUGUUAUGGUGGUGGAAGCAUGGACAGCAGCGGGUCCUCCAAUGGUGGUGGUGUUGGUAAUGGAGGUGCAGGGGUUGGAGGUAUGCUUCCAGAGCUGGGAUCAGAGUCCCACCCUGUGCUGGAGAAGCUGCGAGCAGCCCACAGCUACAACCCCAAGGACUUUGACUGGAACCUGAAGAACGGCCGUGUGUUCAUCAUCAAAAGCUACUCUGAGGAUGACAUCCACCGCUCCAUCAAGUACUCUAUCUGGUGCAGCACGGAGCAUGGCAACAAGCGUUUGGACUCAGCCUACAGGGCGAUGAACGCUAAAGGUCCCGUGUACUUGUUGUUCAGUGUCAACGGCAGCGGUCACUUCUGUGGUGUGGCGGAGAUGCGUUCCCCUGUGGACUAUGGCACCAGCGCUGGCGUUUGGGCACAGGACAAGUGGAAGGGCAAGUUUGAUGUGAACUGGUUGUUUGUGAAGGACGUGCCUAACAGCCAGCUGCGCCACAUCCGCCUGGAGAACAACGACAACAAGCCAGUCACCAACUCGCGUGACACUCAAGAGGUUCCUCUGGAAAAGGCAAAGCAGGUGCUCAAGAUUAUCGCCCAGUACAAACACACCACCUCCAUCUUUGAUGACUUUUCCCACUAUGAGAAGAAGCAGGAGGAGGAGGAGGUGGUGAAAAAGAGCUAUGAACCCUCCUCAAUACAGAGCCGAUCCCGAAUCGAUCAGGAUCGUCAAAAGUGAACAGUAGAAGAUGGCUUCUAAAAGCUCAACCAGCGGUCGAGGAAGGACAAAGAAAUUCAAAACUAAUACUUUUUUCUAUUUAAUUUUGGUGACUUUGGCCCAUGUCAAACUCCUGGUUCCCCAAACUUUAAGAUGUGUGCAGGGAAAAAAAACAGUUCCACCAUUUGAAUUGCUUCAAUAAUCUAUAUUUUCUUGUUGUUUCUGUAUUUUUUAGCCUUUUAAAUCUUUAUCGCUAUCCAAGAACUUGCAUUCUUUACUAAAUAUAAAUAUCUGCACGUCUGUUUUGAAAAUCUCUUGACAACAUGCUGCUGAUAUUCAGUGACUGUUCACUUUGUGGUUUGUGUGUUGGAGAAAUGUUAAGUGAUUGUAAUGGUUAAUCUUAACGAGUGAACAACACUUUAUUGACAAGUUGUCUGCUAUCUGUGUGAGGCCAGUUGUGUUUUCAGAAGAAAAACGAGCUUGUAUAAUUCUCCCUUUGUUCAUGUGAGGGAUGUCUUACUCCGGUGAAGGAAUGUGUACACUGAAAGCUUCUGUAUGCAUAAACAUAAUCAUGCCAGGAUGUGACAUUAGAAAGCAUAACUGUCAGAAAACUAUUAUGAAUAAUGUACCACCUGGUUUACAGCUGAUUUAAGAGAACAUGUGGGACGUUGUUUGUCUCCAGUGUGGAGCCUUAACCUUUCUUUUCAGCAGUAGAGUAGAUGAAACCUUUCAUUUUGUCCCCCUGUACUGUACCUCAGAGUUUUCAUAUAGAGUUUCAACGAAAAGAUGGCUAGAGAUCAAACACUCUUAAAGGCGGCCCCUCUCUUUCUUAUUUCAAGGGUGGAAACACAAAUAUACGGUAUGAGGUUUUGAUCAACACACUUUGCUUUGCCUGUUUCUUUAUUCCCCUUUGUUCCCUGCUGUUCCAACAGGUGUCUCUGUUGAUGAAUUUAUGUAGGUGAUGUAGCAUGUACUGCUUUUAAAACUCAAGCCAGGCCUGUCACUCUUUUUUUUGUUACUUGUUUUAGAAUCAUUAUAAUCUUGGCAUUUUCAUCACUCUCAUUGCUAUAAGCCGUCCACAUCAUCCUCAGACAAUGUAAGCUUUAAUGUACCGGCAUUUCUAACUGAGAUCGCCUCAAAAUGUAAACUGUAGCAUUAUACUUAACUGAUUUAUUGUCAAGUGUAUGAAAACCCAGAGACUAGCCUAUAUGGUAUACGUUUGUGACUUUUUUUUUUAUUGCUUGCUGUAUUGUGUGUGUGUGUGUGCGCGUGUGUGUGCAAGAGUGAAAGAAAAGAGAGGGAGUAUGAUUGUGGUGCAAUCAGAGUUAUAUAACAAUAUUGGAAUAUAGAAAAUUUAUGCAAAAAAAGUUUUAAGUCACCCCUGAAUUAAACAGCCAUUGUAUCAGAGGUCACUAUCACAUUCUUAGAUUUU